AACACACACACACACACACACACACACACACACACACACACACACACACACACACACACACACACACACAAGAGCUCCUCUCCGAGGGCUGAAUGGUGAGAGAACAGCACAUGCUGCAUGAGAUGAACUUGGAUAGCAACUUUUCUCCAAACUGAAGGUCCUUUGUUCCUGUAUCAUGUUUACCAGUCUUCAAAUGGCUUGAAGAAGAAAGAAAAGGACCCACAGUCCUCCAAUCCUGAACACUGAAGACGCAGGACAACCAGAGAGAAAGCAGAACAAGGAUACAGAGGAAAGAAGAUUUCUCCGUCACCUGACAUGUGGGGCUUUAACAUGGGAUGAGCUCCUGACAUCCGUGACUUAAGUCUCUUUCUAAAGGAACAUCCUGUUUAUGGCCAGCUGUACUCCAGUGUAUCCUGACUGAGAGCCUGACCAGAUCCUGGCCUCUGAGCUCUGACCCCUAACCCUGGAAGGGCGGGGGGGUCGACGGGGAGAAAAUGCGGUGCACCACAGUCUUGGCCCUGCUGACGGGGGUCAUGCUGUACCUGGUGAUGGGAGCGCUUGUUUUCCGCACCCUGGAGGCCCCCGAGGAGAGUUUGGCGUAUAAAAAGCUGCUUGCUACUAAGCAAACCUUCCUCGAUAAUAAGUCCUGUGUCACCGAGCUGGAAUUCCACAAGCUUGUGAAGGGAGUGAUGUCUGCAGUGGAGGCAGGCCUGGAUGUGAGCAGCCUUCCUGCCAACUUCACCAGCCGCUGGGACCUGGCCUCCGCCUUCUUCUUCUGUGGUACCAUCAUUACCACCAUAGGUUUUGGGAACCUGUCUCCUAGGACGUGGUACGGCCAGUUGUUCUGCGUGUGUUACGCCCUGGUGGGCAUCCCCAUGUUUGGCAUACUGCUUGCUGGAGUGGGUGACCACAUGGGCACAGUGCUGCGGAGAGCUGUGGCCAAGAUUGAGACCCUCUUCCUGGUGAGAAUGAAACGUAAGGUCAGGCCGACCACUGUGCGCGUGAUCUCAGCGGUUCUAUCCAUCCUGAUUGGUUGUCUGAUCUUUCUCGCCGUGCCAACUGUCGUGUUUCAGAAAGUGGAGGAAUGGUCGUUCCUGGAGUCGCUCUACUUUGUGGUCAUAACUCUCACCACUGUUGGUUUCGGAGACUACGUACCGGGUGGCGGUCGUGAGGGCAUGUUCUUCAAGCCUCUGGUGUGGUUGUGGAUAGUGUUUGGUCUUGCCUACUUUGCCUCCAUCCUCACCAUGAUAGGCAACUGGCUGAGGGUGCUGUCUAAGAGGACCCGCGCUGAGAUGGAGGAGUUGAGGGCUCACGCUACAGACUGGACCCAGAACAUCCAGAACAUGUCCAUGGAUUUCCGCAUCCCAAACCCUCUGGAAUUCAACGAUCCUUUCCUCCUGCAGCGGCGGCGCUGGAAACGCAGUGAGCGUCGCCGCAUGCGUCGGGGAGCCCAGGUCACUCUUGGACACUGGGAUCGAGGAGGGUCUGAGAAUGGACACCUGCCGAACCGCUGGGCCGGCCUCUCCAACUCAAUGAGCCGGCUGGAGGUCCAUUCGUCUCUUGAGAGAGCGGUGGUGGCCAACUCCAGGCCACGGGCCAGUGCUGCGGGAGAUGGAACGGUCCCGAGAGUGGGGCCUGGAUUGAGGGCUGACCCCGCUGUGAGUCUGCAGGUGGAGGGCAGGUCGUACCAUCACCUGCUGGCCCGCUCAUUCUCCCUCCCUGCGGCCUGCUCCUCUUCAAAGCUGGACUCAGCGGGAGCAGCCAUGCAGGGAGGAUCCCUCUCUGGAUCUGAGUCUCCUUUUGACUCCAGAUCAGACUGCUCCUCGGUCUCUUCUUCCUUCUUGGAACCGAGCAGGUUCCAGCCCUGCCGCACAGUCAGCAACAUGGAGGAGGGAGGAGCGAGAGAUGCACACAUGAACACAGCAGAAGAGAAAGACAAACUGAUUCCUGCAGAUAAAUGUGGAUCGGUAUCAAUCAAUAGCCACAGACACGCACCUGCCUCUGGUUUGCUCCACUGCUCCUCCUCUAUUCCCCCUUUUCUUCCUCCUUCUCGCCAGCGAAUCCUCCUUCCCUCCCCUCCCCUCAACAGUGCCUCCGCAUCCGGCUGCCAGCUGCUGGAUUUCUUCGGCGAGAACCUGGCGUACAUAGACGAGUCCUCAGACACUCUGAGUGACCGUGCCCAGCCAGCAGCUAGCGAGGAAAGGAUGAGACGGCCGCGAAAGCCCAAGAGGAGGAGCAUGAGGAGGCAGCUGUCACACAGGUGGAGCCCCCUGCAGGUGAGGAAGCCCAACAGUGACAUGCAGCCGCCGUCAAAUCCCCCCACACCACCUCCAGACUCUUCUCUUUCAGACAUGCUCUCAUCAGAGAACCAGAGAGGUUCAACUCAGACACUCUGACAGCCACCACACUCACAAUGUUUUGCCAAAGUCGAGAUGUGACAGAACAUAAUAGUCCACACCAAAGCUGUGGGUUUACAGUAGACACUCUCAACCAUCAUGAAUGUAGGUGAUGUUCCAGGUAUUUAGUAUUUAUGGUUAGCCUCACAAAGUCAGCCUACAAAUUUAGCUUUGUUCUUUUGCUCGGGACAGGAACCUGCUGUACUCCAGGUUGAAUAAGUGCACCGUUCUCUUGGCUGUCACUGAUCUUUGCUCGAUUGAUCCAUGCUCACAAUGGUUGAUCUCUAGCAGUUAUAAUGUUUACCAUGUUGUUCAUCCUUGUUUAGCUAGGUGGCACUAGAUGAAAAUGUCAUGGAGUCACCAAAGAUACUGGGGGUCCGUUCUGAUACCCACACUUGCGGCACCACCACAUAGUAGACAAGUGUGUCCCCUGUCAGAUAAAUAUGGACACUUAACCCACACUUGAUUCUUCUUCUUUCGAAGCAGUAUUCAGUGUAUCCCACAACUCACCAGCCUACUGCGCAACAGCAGUCCAGUUGUUUGCGGUGGUGCGCCUAUAAGCUGGUUGAAGGACUGACAAUAAUCAGCAGAUGUGAAAAAGUUUUUAUAUUAAUGACUUAAAAAAAGUUGGAUUCAUUGUGAAUAUUAUUAUUCAUGAUAUUCACCACAAAGUUAUGGCAGAACCUCCACAGAUGGUCAUCACAUAAUAUUAUGUUUGUCCUAAUGCUACUGAUAACAAUAAUCAGCAUAUCUGACACUGUCAAGAUGAAUAUUAAAUAUCAUAUCCUUCUAUCAAAGAUUUUGAGAAAUAUUGCAUGAGUGACUGGAUGUCCUUUAUAAUAACUAAUCAAGGGAGUUCCAGUGAACGCUAAUCUUAACGGGCACUACUGGAAAUAUGCACACAAGUAGGCACUUUCAUACACAGAUGCCUAAGGUAUAGGACAUGAAUGCUUGUACGAAAUAUCAUGGCAGUCCACCCAGUAGUUGUGGAGAUAUUUCACUUUGGACUAAACAGACCAGCAUUGCCAGGUAGCUCCUGCAUUUCUCAAUAAAUUGUUUUUAUAUAAUUCUAAAGAGUGAAACAGGCCUUUCAACUGCAGGAAUCAUGCUUCCUUUUAAAAUAUACCACACCUGGUGUACGUACACAGUUAGUAAGAAGUUUCAGUGGUUUAAAGAGGUUAUGAGUGACAUCAUUAUCCAUCAUUACACAUAAUUAUCUUCUUUGCUGAUCUGUCUGGCUCAGUCGAUUCUCGACAGAAGUAUUCAACUCUAAACCUCAGAUUUAAGCUGGCUUUGUGAGGCUAACUUUUGGCGACUGACUAAUAGCUUCAAAUUAAGUGCAGGUUUUCCUGCAGUGAUUUAUAGCUAAGGUGGGCCACCUCGCUUGAAACAAGCCAACGAAAAAUGAAUGCACUUUGAUGAAAUACAACAAUGAAAGGGAAAAAGAACAGGGGAGGGUAUUUUACACUGCAAAUGCCACAUAUUUAAAAAGUGUGACUGUUGUUUAGGGUGUCAUCUACAAACAAAAACUCCCGGGGGGAAAACCCUGCAGUGGGUGGAGAACGUGAACCAUAACAACAGUACAAUAGUAUCAAAGCACGGCAGGGCAAGCGCUCACUCUCAGAUCAGUGUCAGUACUCCGUGUAAAGCACGUCCUAAUUAUUGAAAACCUUCUUCAAGGUUGAAACUGUCCACUUGUUUGAGGGAGGAAGCAGGUGGCUACUUCCCCUAAAGGCCUUUGAUCCUCUGGUUCAUGAAUCUGCUCUUGAAUGUUUUUAAGGGUCAAAAAGGGUAAAAAACAGAUCAAGUUACUGUCCACUGUUAAAACCUUUGUGCUUCCUACACCAUGAUAAGCAUCUUUGUGCCUUGGAUAUAAGUGGUCAGAGGGCUGUUAAAGCAACGCUAUGGUUAUUUUUAAGUUUGUGGUGUUUACCAACUAUACUAUCAAGUGUCCUUACUGUUGUUAAGAUCCUGCUGGUGACCACUUUUCCUCUUGGCUCAUACUGUUUUAUUAUUUUUAAAGACUCAACCCCCCGUGACACAUAAAUAACUGUGCGGGUUUUUCAACAUGUGUACACACCAAGUACUGUAGUAUUAGUUGAACUCAGUUAGAUGCCUCAUAAUGACUUAAAAUGACACGUUAAAGUGCAAUUAUCAGACACACAUACACAUUGCUAUUUGACAUUAACCUUAACAAGACUCGCCUGAGCAAAUGCCUUUGUUAUUUUAUUUCUUUAAUAUUAUUGUGACAAUUUUCUUAAAAGGUCCCAUGUGGAGUUUUUGACUACCAUUCAUGCUAUGGAGCAAGUUUUUCAUGAGUGGCCCUGUCUUACACGUAGACAAGGACGCACAUGCAAAUGUUUUUAAGGAAGGAAAUUCAAUCAACACGUUUGUUAGACAUCAAGGAUACACACAAUGUGUUUAGGUAAACAGAAACUUUGUUUACAAGAAACCUCCACACAACACCUUUAAAUUGUACAAAGCCUGUGGUGCCUGUGUAAUCACGCUGAGUGAUAUAGAACCAAACAGGUGUCCCAAUUUCAUACUACUACUGAAAUUAUGUCCAUGUCUCAAAAUACAGUAGACUAUUAUAGUAUUCAUACUAUGUCCGUGCACUUGUCCCACAAUGCGAUGCAAAAAGGAAAUGGAGGCUGCAUUAUUAGCUAAGAAAAAUAUAAGCUGUGACUGACUCCAGAAGGAUUUUGGAAGAAAUUGGAAGAAGAAAUGUCUAGAGAAAUAUUUUGUUUUCUUUGUAAUGUUUAAACAAAUUAAAGUUUAAUGUAUUGUUUAAUUUCCUUACAGUAUAAAAAGGUAAACAAGAUUGGUAUAUAGUACAUACUGUAUACACUUAUACACACUGUAUACACUUAUUAUGCAGUAUGAAAUUAGGACACAGUCUGUUGCUGCCACUGGAGAGCAGGAGAUGUGAAAUGACCUGAACCCUGAAAGUCCUGAAUGAACUCAGCUCUGGGUAGAUAAACAGUAAGUUCCUGCUUACUCAGAACCAGGAACUCCAACAGGAGCCUGUCGUGGCAUUAUGCCCUCCACCAGGGCCAAAAUAAGUAACUGACUGAAUCCACACUCAAAUUCAGGCUCCCACAUAUUUUGUCAUUUGUUGACAGACGGCUGGAAGGAGAAAAAUAUUUAGGAACUGAGCUGGUGUGCUAACCAUAACCCGUCAGCUUUUGAACCUGACUCCUGACCUAUGAAGGAAAUAUCUUUUAAUUCUUCUUUAAUGAAAAUAAAAAAGACGGUGGGGAAUAAGGGUAUUUGAAUUGUGCCUCGGCGAUGACUCAAGACUAUCCUUUAUAUCAUAUAAUUUUCAAUAUGUGGCCCAAAACUCUAAUUAACAUUUCCGACUUGUGUUUGCAUGAUUCAGGGCACAAUUUGUAGAGUGUAACAUGCUCAAAUUAACGCUCCAUUUAUGACACAUUCAUCUUCAAAAAAAAGCAAACUGAACUGAACUAAUUUACAAGAUUUCUUGAGAUUUGCAAACUUUUUCAUAUCUAUUUACUCUUUAAAGUAAAUACCUGUCUAAUAAUACCUUAAGGCAAUGUACAAUCUAAACCCUUAAUCUAAUAAUAUCCUAAAUUUAAAUCUAAAUGAUCUAUUUUAGUUUGUUUUUAUUCUGUGUCAAUGCAAAAUAUUUGACCCGCAUCACAUUGCAUUACAAUUUUGUAUCAAACAUUUAAAUCUGCCAAGACAUCUUAUGAUAACACAUACAAGCCAAAAGAAAAAACUCAAUCAUAAUAUUACAUAUCAACGUAUUUUCAGAUUAUGUGUUUAUUUGCAGAAUCUAAACUAAAUUUAAACUAAAUUGUGUACCGAAUAAAGAAAAGAAAUGCUACAAGUCUGAUAAAGAUCUUUUUAAGAAGUAACUCGCUAACUUAAAUGUUUAUAUGUGAAAAGUCAACUUGCGGCUCCCAGUAAAAAGGACAAUAGAAAAAGCAAUGAAACUCACUGACAAAUCUGCUUUUCCUCUUGCACACUGACACUCCAGUUUAAACACUGGUAAAAUAACUGAUCUCAACUGGCCAUAAAAAAGAUUUGCUUCUUCUUGAAGGAAUGUAGGAUGUAAUAUGCACAAUUGCAUGUACGAUAUGACUUUAAUAUUCAGAUUUAAGUUUUAGAUUUCACAUUUAUCUUAAUAAAUGUAAGGUAAAUCUAAAAUCUAAAACUUAAAUCUAAAUAUUAAAGUAAUAAUUUAAUGUUGUACAAGAAAACUACAGAAAAAGAAGCAAUCUUAUGUUUUUAAAGUCAGUAAUAUGUGAUUUACUGACUUUAAAAACACAAGAUUGCUUCUUAUUGUUAAACUAAAUAUGGCAAAAUGGGCCAUUAAUUUGAGCAUGUUACACUUAACAAAAAGGGGCCUAUAACAUAGAUAUGUAAAACGUUGGUCUUUGUUUGGUUGACUUUGCAGUAGGUUCCAAUCAAUACAGAUCGAUUGAACUGCUGAAUGCCACUCUUUACCUUGACUAGAAUCAGCCUGCCAUGAAUCCAUGAGAGAAAUAACAGAAAUGUCGCCCUCAUCUGUUUAAAGAGAGAACAGCCAGACAUCUGUGGGUUUGGCCUCCCAGCUGUUUUGUCCCAGUAGGGCCUCAAGUACAGCUCCGGUCUCCAACUUUAACUGCUUCAGUAGAAUAUGGCUUCAGUAAUGCUGAGGCAACGGAUUGGUAUCUCCUGUUUACUCUCGUGUCUCAUUACCGCUCUGCUGCUUGUAUAACUUUUUUUAUUUUGUGCUUAUGGUGUCCUGUUGCCCCCGACAGCUGUAUUUUAAUUUAACUGCCAGAAACAAAUACGAACAAUUUCAAUCUAUUUGUGACAAAUAAAGUCUUGUCCAAACCUUC